AACAACAGUUUGUCUUAAAGAGAAAGCAUAAAAAUGUUUAAGUUACGCGUGCUAAUCGCUCUGACGCUCUUGGCCGUGGCCAGUGUGGAGGCAAAUCGAGCGCAUUUGGAGCAGCUGCUGGCGGGACAUUACGAUGAGCCGCUGUUGCAGCAGCUGCAGCAGAAGUUGCAACGCGAGCAGCAGGAGCAGCCAGCAGUGCGUAUUAUUGAUGGCAACGAUGUGCAGGGUGUGGAUAAUGCGCCAUAUCUAGUGUCGCUCAGUCUGACGGCCAAGACUUAUGCGCAUCAGUGUGCUGGCGCGAUAAUCGGCAAGCGUUGGGUGCUCACUUGUGCGCACUGCGUGGAGGAGCUGCGUAAAUUCAAUGGCGACAUCAAAGGCAGCGCCAUCUAUGCGGGUCUGAUGAAUCGCUCGAAUGUGAAAGAGGCACAAGUGCGCUAUGUGGACUUUGCCUCGACGCAUCGCCUGUUCAAUGGCGCCGCUGGCAGCGAUAACAUUGCGCUGUUGCAUGUCUCCGAGUCGUUUGUCUACUCGGCACGUGUGCAGCAGAUUGCGCUGCCCGAUCUGCUGGAGGAUUACAGCGGCAAGACAGCUAUAGCCUAUGGCUGGGGUCUGACGCAUGCCGAUGACGCUGAGUACUCCAAGGAGCUGCAAUAUGCAUUCGCUCCACUGUUGAACAGCAGCGACUGCCAGCAGCUGCUGCCCAAGGAUGCGCCUCUGUCUCGUCAGCAGGUUUGUGCUCAGGUCACCGCUUGCUAUGGCGAUGGCGGCACUCCGCUGGUCUACUGGCCCAUUCAUGGACCCGCCGAGCUUGUUGCUCUCGGCAGCUGGAGCUACAUGCCCUGCGGCUAUGCUCAUCGCCCUACAGUUUACACCAGCGUGCCCGCCUAUGUGGAUUGGAUCUAUCAAGUCAUCAGCGCUUACUAUCAACUCAACUAACAACUGUAGCUGACCUCAUGUUUUGUACUUUAAAAUAUACAACUUAAGAUUAAA